CGCAGUCAGCUUCAACAACCAGUUUCCACACCACCAUGAGACGCCCAACCAAUACAUUAAUACUUACAAAGUUACCUCAUUCAUUACUAGUUGAUCCCCAAGAACUUCUUGAUCAAUUACAUGGGUAUUUAAUCGAAGUGAUUGUCCUCAGUAGAUUCCAGAGAAUAUUACUCAUAUGUGAAUCAGCCACAAUCUCACAAUAUAUCCGAGAGAUAUUACCAAAGUCAUUUCCAGAUAUCACUAUAUCAUACAGCAUUUGUGAUAAUGCGUUCAAACUAAAUAAUCACGACAGAACAGUUAUAGAUACACAGUUUGAUGAUAUGGUGGAAAAGCAGUAUUUGGAGUUGCCGAGUGAGAAGGCAUCACGGAGAUUUCUUAUAUCUCCACCGUUGUCACCGCCCUCUGGCUGGGAUCAUUGGGAUAAAGUGGAAGAAGGGCCAAACCAACAAACGGUAUAUUCUUUUGAAGAGUUGUCACAUUUAUUAUGGCAGAGAUUAGGUGAUCAAGAAGAAGUGGUUACUAAAGUUCAAGGCGUGGACAGGGUUAACGUUAAGAAAGAACCGGAGUUACUAUUUAAAGAUAUUGAACAUAUCGGUGUACCUGCUAUUAUAUUGGAUAGUAUAGAUGGGGAUAUAAGUGAUGAAACACUUAUUCCAAAGACUUCAUUACCUCCACCACUAAAUAUAUAGAUCAGUAUUGUGUAGACAAUAUGCAGGAAAAUGAUUUAGUUUUUUU